AUGUAUAGGAGAAUGAAUCUUCUAUGUGUUCUGUUGGUACUUGGUUCAGCCGCAACAGUAUCAGCAGUACGUAGUUCUAUAAAUAUCUCCACGCUUUUAGAUGUAUAUACACUUACAUGUGGACAACAGUUUUGUAAUCAUCAUGAUCACAGUCUACCUGAUACGUCACACCAUCAACAUAUUUGCCCAUCUUGUGUCUGCGAACCGUAUUGUAUUCUUUUUGGACUUUGUUGUCUGGAUGUUUACCUUUCUCUUAACUUCGAAAGUAUAAAUACAACGUUCGUUUCAUCAUUUGACAAAGACUUCGAUGCAAAGGAGGAAGAUUCUUUUGUUAUGAGAGCCGUUUGUCCAGAAAGUGCCGAUGCUUUUGUUAAACAAAAAUGCGAGGGAUCUCACACAUUCUCGGAGCAAACGCAACUCUUACCAGUCACUUCAAAAGAUACACUAUACACAUAUAAAAAUAAGUAUUGUGCUGAUUGUUAUAAUGAUUCUAAAGUAGAAAAUUGGGUAUUCUCUACGUCCUGUCCAUCAUUUUUCGAUUUUAAUUUCAUAUCGUCUUACGAUGAAGUAUUACAAGCAGCACGUGAAAAGAGAUGCAAGGCUGGUAGUUCACCAAAUGGAAUGUAUGUCAGAGGAUUCCAUACUAAUCUUUAUAAAUACGGAAUUAUAUCCUCCUGCAAUGUCAGUGGAACAUGGAAGACAUAUGACCCGAGUAUUGAUUGGGCAUGUAAAAACUACGAUCGCCUUUAUAGAAUAUUUCGGAAUGUAUUUUGCUAUAUCUGCAACCCUCCAGUCAUUCUUGGUCCUGUCAUUUCACACUGCAACAUCACAGGUCUUUGGGACAAAUUUGAUGAUAGAUUUAUACAUGCUUGUGCAAAUUUGGAUUAUACACCUACGACUUAUCCAUUUAAAAAUACGUACUGCUAUUCCUGCAACGUUGCAUUUAAUACGAACGCUGAAACAAAAUUUAAAGAUAAUGUAUUAAUGGGUCAAAUAACAGAAGCAUUUAUAAAUAUGACACAUUUUAUGUAUAAAUUCAAAUAUCGUUUCCUAGCAGACGAUUUCAAUCAAAUGGAACUGUAUAACAUUUCCACAACUCAAAGUUAUAUCCAAGGAGAACAUAAUGACAUGGGAGACAUUUAUAAACAGUUCUUUUCAACCACAGGUAAUAGCGACUUUUGUACCAACAUAUCUGACCUUAUAAAACCAGAUGGCAGAUGUUCGUGUGGUGAAUAUUGUCAUUUUAACAUUACACACCCUUGCUGUAUCGACAGAGUAUUUCGACACUCCACAACAUGCAUAAGCACGGACAGUGGAAAUUUUGUAGCAUACGACGGUUGUGAAAAUGUAGCAAAUGGCUAUGGCCCUUUGGCAGACAAAUGUUUAUCAGACGACUCUAAUGGAAAGGUUUGGUAUUCUACUCCAGUUAGAAGUGAACAUCCACCUCAUCCUAAGUUUAAGAACAUAUUUUGUGGACUUUGCCGGCAUUUCACAGAUAAUUCAAAGUCAAUGAAUAAGUUCACUAUCUCUGAAUUUGAACCUUUGGAUUGGAAGUUAGUGUGUAAGGCCAGCCUACCUAUUCCAUAUCAAAGUUCCUUGUCAGAAUUAUUAGAGCUCCUACUUUACUCCAACUGUAAUUUGUCAUAUGAAAAUACUGACUGUCAGAAAAGCUGUACAAACAAUGUAGUUCUGGAAAAACGUGUUAGCAAUAUUAUUAAAAAUCAUGAAAUUGGAUGGGCAUGUGAAAAUUAUAAUACACCCCCGUAUGACAUAGAUUACUAUCAUAAGAUGAACAAUUCCGCUUUGCAGAACUUCUCGAAUAUUUUCUGUGCUAUUUAUCAAACUAACACAAAUGUAUCGUUAACUUUAAUAGACAGUUGCAAUGUAACGGGUGGUUGGGACAAACAUGAAGAACAAAUCAAACAAAACUGUUUGCGCUUACCAACUGUUGCCUACCAUAUGCCUUACAAAAAUAUAUUCUGUAAAAUGUGCAACGAAAAUUCUAAAGUUUACAAUACUAGUUAUACGAUUGAUCCAUUAUGUGAUGUUAUCGCUAGCGUUUCACCAAUCCCGAUCUUUCGAAAUUUGUUUUCAUUGUCUGCUGUUACUACUGGUAACGAUGUACCGUCUUCAACUCAGAAAUGCAGAACAGAUCAGAUGUUUGAUAGCCAGCUAGAUAUGUGUCGAAAUAUUCUCUGCUUUCCAGGAAGAUUACUGAGUAGUUCAAACAAUACUAGAAUCUGUCUUAGUAGGUUUCAGGCACUACUCGAAAGAAUCAAUAGACAAACAAAGUCCUCUAGAUCUGUAAUACAACAAAUCAUGUUAUACUGUACUGUUUUAUCCCUUGUGGCUUUGACCUUUACAUUUACGACUUACUGUUUGUUUCCGAAAUUAAGAACACUGCCAGAAAGUGAUUACUAA